AUGGAGACCGGGCGAGUGUCGUACGCGCAAGUGUAUCAAUGGCAUCAAGAGCUGCAGAGGGCACUAUACGCAGGAACUGACGACGCGAAAGAGGACGAGCAGACGGUGAUCGGGAUCAAUUUGGUGCCGUAUUCGAUCGAAGAAACCGCGACGAUGUUAUUAGUGGUCGAACAGAGACGAUGGGUGUAUGUAGCUCUCGAUGUACAGCUUUCGCCCGCGCGACAGCUUGCGCUGUUGCAAAGGAGCGGAGCACGACGUCUUGUGACGUCUGUUGACAGUCCACUAGCAACUUUUGUGGUCAAUAGAUUUGCAGGAGAGCACGUCAAGACGCAAGUCGUUGGCGACAAGACGAGCCCAUUUUUGCCGGUGCAAGUCGUCACGCUGCCGAGCAAGUACUUUCAGAUCGAGGUUGAACAGACGGGGCGUGGCGCUGGUGGUCGACGCCAAGACGAUAUACAGGUUGAUGCGCCGCUGUAUGUGCUGUAUACGUCUGGAACGACAGGAAAGGAGAAAAGAGUGCUGGGAUCACGAAAAGGGGCGUGGACACGGCUGGAAUGGAUGUGGAAAAUCUACCCUUUUACGACAUUAAAGACAGGUAGAUCGAGUGAGCGAGUUCUGCGAGCAACAAGACUUUCGUUCGUAGACUCGGUGUGGGAGAUUCUUGGCGCGUUCCUGCAACGUGUGCCAUUAGUCCAUUUGCAACCUCCUCGGCAUCGAGUAAAAAGCACUAGUUUCUCUUACAUGACAAGUGUCGUGCUUGAUAACAGCCCGCGCUUUUUAAAGGUAGUUUGCAACGAGGGUGUGACUCGUUUCACUGCUGUGCCGAGUGUGCUGGAUGUUUUGCUGCUACAAACGACCGAAAAUGAGCGGAAGUCUUGCCUGAAUGGACUGCGCUACGUGCUGAGUAGCGGCGAGUCCCUGCCAUUUCACGUUGUUCGACGCCUCACGGCCAGUUUGCCGAACGUGACCAUCUUGAAUCUUUAUGGCAGCACGGAAUUGAGCGGAGAUGUUACGUGUAUGGAGUUCGACGCACGUUCAUUGCCCACGCAGGUAGCAGCGAGGGAACGAGACGAUGUUCCGAUUGCUACACUCGAUGAAAGAGGGAUCGUUGGUGGUGGUGAAACGUCCCUUGUGCUUGUAUCAGAGGAUCAAAAGAACGACAUACGACAUUCUGGGAAUGGCUCAGCUACACUGAUCUGGCCGAGGAAUCACUCCAGCGAAAUUGAAGGGACAACACGGACAGGCAAACAGCCAGUUUCCGGGGUCUUGUACGUUUCAGGGCCGCUUCUUACGGAUGAAUACGCUGGUGAUAUCCAAGGAAAUAUGUUCCCCGACUUGGCGUCAAUAUCAGGUCGCCGGACGGAAAACGAUCCGGCUAGGAACGAGAACCCGAGUUGGUGGUUUCGCACAGGUGACAUUUGCUCGGUGAUUCACAGGUAUAUAUACUUUGACGGACGCAAAGACAGUGCUGUGAAAACUCGAGGACAUCUGAUUCACAUGGACGCAGUGGAGCGUGCGGUAGCGCUCGCGCUGAAAGAAACAACAGAAGAUGCACAAAUCGAUAGCACAGGUGGGAUCGUUGCGUUUCCAGUUCCGAAGAAAGUGAGCAAGCAUGGGCUGCUCAUAACGUCCAUCAUGGCAUUUGUUUUGUAUGAAGACACUGGUAGCACCGGCAUCGUUCAAUAUUCUCAAACGAAAAAGCUGAAUGCUUGGAUAGCAGAACACCACGGGACGGCGCACAUCCCGCACAAAGUAUUCAUGGUGCCAGCAAAAGUAGUACCACGUUUUGCUAAUGGUAAAAUUGACCGGAAGUCGCUGAAGAGGUUUUUCGAGUAUGCCAUUGAUCAACGCGAUACUUUGGCGCUUUGCCCGCGCAUCAACAGCGUGAUGAUAAGCCCCGCGCAAACGUUAGUGGCAAACCUCCUGAACGAGAUACUAGGUAUUCCUUCGUCUGAUGACGUUUACGACGACAUACGGUCCCGCACGUUUGGUGAGCUGGGUGGAAAUUCACUGUUAGCAACUUUGUUCGUGCACGAGCUCCGCCAACAGUUUGGUGCGCUUUCGUUGACUGCCCGUGAACUGCUUGAAAUGAGGAUCGAGGAAAUCGUGUCUGGUGUGCAGACGGUCGACUUUACGGAGUCUCGAUGA